UCGCUCGUGACGCCGCCCAGCGAGGGCGCGCUGGAGGACGAGGUGCGGGCGAUGCGCGACAGCGGGUUCAACUUGGUGCGCGUGCACUCAACGGUCAUGCCGCCACUCUUCUACCACCUGUGCGACACCCUGGGCCUGCUCGUGUGGCAGGCCAGGCUGUGCGGCGCUCGGGGUUCGCCCGGCGGCUGCCUGACGCCCGGCAGGGCCCCAUCUCUGACCCGCCCCGCGCCGGCCAUCACGUCGCGGCGAUGCCCCGGGCGGCCGGCGAGCCGAAGAGCUUCGCCAAGGGGCUGCUCGCGCACCUGAUCCUGGUGCCGGCGUGGUUGACGGGGCCCAGCCUCCUGGCCGUCGGCCUCGUCGCGCUGUGCCGGUCGCUGGGAGGCAGCCUCGCCUUGCUGACCGUGCCGCUCUCGUGCGCGGUGACGGCGCAGCUGAUCAACACGGCCAACAUGAGGCAGAGGCUGCCGCUCUGCGCGCUGCUCCUCGCGACGGGCUGCUGGUGCUCGUCGUCCGAGAGGCGGGCGGCGGGGAUCUCGGCGGCGGCGUUCAUCACGGCCCUGGCGUUCCUCUGCAAGGGCGGCAAGGGGGACUGGGCGCGCCGGCCCGGAGUACGGGCAUUCAUUUUCAACUGGUGCUGCGACUUCUACGACAGGGCGGAACUCCGUGGCGAUCUUGGGAGCAUCAGGAAAGAGAAGAGCUGCUUCGCAUUCCACCCUCACGGCUGCCUGAGUGCUGGUUGGACCAUCAAUGGCGUUUGCAAUCCGGAUUUCCUGAAGAUAGCCGGCAAGACGAGAUGGCUCGUUGAUUUUAAUACCAGGUACAAGAACCCAACGUUUCGGUGGUUUUGUGAAGCCACAGCUACUGACGAGGGAGCCAUCGACGCGGUUGACAAGAAGACUAUCAACAAGGUGUUGGAGAGUGGGGCCAACUGGGGCCUGAUUCCUGGAGGCUUCCAAGACGCAGUGGCUCACCGAUUCGGAAAGGACUGCACUGUCUUCAGGCACCGCAAGGGAUUCGUCAAGUAUUGCCUCCAAUACGGCUAUCGACUCCAUCCAGUGUACACUUUUGGAGAAAGCGAAACGUACUACACGUUCACCGGUUUGCGGAAGAUGCGCAUGAAGGCGUCGGAGCAGAACAUCCCCAUGGUCGCGUUCUUCGGGUGGCCGUUCUUGCCCUCAUUGCCACGGCCACAGGCUAGACUCCUGACCUACGUCGGCCCUGGCAUAGACCUGCCGCACAUCCCGGAGCCCUCGAAUGAGGACGUGGAGAGGUGGCACGGAGAGUACACGCGCGCGCUGACCAAGCUGUUCGACUCGCACAGGGCGGAGGCUGGCUGGCCCGAGGCCGUGCUGGAGGUGGUGUAG